CCUUUCGCCGGACUCCGGAGCGCGGCGGCCGCAGGAGGAGAGCCGCAGCCCCGCCGCCAGGCGCCGCGGCGGGACGCGGCAGCCAGGGAGGCUUGAUGGGCUCGCUCCAGCCGCAGCCGCAGCCGCGGGCCCCAGGUGGACUACAUCUCUUCAGGUGAUGUUUCACUGAUGGCUUGACAUUAGCAGAUCAUACAGAACUGUGCAUUAUGGAGAAUACAGAUGCAGAUAACUGGGCAUCAAAACAAGAGGAUGACAAUCCACCCCAAAGCCCUUAUUCUGUUGAAACACCCUAUGGCUUCCACUUAGAUCUUGAUUUCCUGAAGUAUGUAGAUGACAUUGAAAAAGGAAAUACCAUCAAGAGGAUUCCAAUUCACAGGAAGUCAAAGCCUCCAAAAUUCAGCACACUGCCUCGGAAUUUCAGCCUUCCAGAAAAUGGAUCCAAAGCCUACUCAUGUUCCACAAAUAAGAACUCUUCUGCACAAAGGAAAGCCUCUUUAGGGGCAGAGGAAAGCAGCCCUCUGGUCACACCCAUUGACUCAGCUCUUCCAAAUGAGCCAAGCUACAGAAGAAAGGCUCUCUUAAAAGAAACUCUCAAACAAGAUCCUGCACAUCUUAAUGGGGAGACUGGCACCUGUAGAGGGAGACCUCAACUUUUGAGGGCAUCCAGCAUGCCUGCCACACUUCCACCAAGCCAGAACUCAAAAGAAGAAAGUCAGCCAGCAAGCCUAAAGUCUCCUGAUGGAAAGGGCUUGGAAUUUAAUUUUAGCCCUGUAAAAGAAUCCUUGAAAUUAGAUAGCACCAAAGGAUCUUCAUGCACAGCCCCUGAAAAUUUAAGAAGGGUAAAACAGCAAAUCAAAAAGAUGGCCCAGGAUCGUGAGAUGUCUGUGGGACAACAGGAAGAAGCUCAGCUUGUGCUAGAGCAGCAAGAGCUUCCUAAGGAGAGAGUGCAGCUCAGUGCUCCAUGGCAGAGCCAACACUUAAUAUCUCAGGAAUUAAUUGUAGUUUCAGAAAGUGGAGAAAAGGAAUGUGAUGCAGCAGAGACAAACACCUGUCCACCAUCUUUCCAGAGUGGAUUGCCCUCUUCCAGGGACUUGGAGAAUAAGUUUGAAAAACAGAGUAAGCAAGAAAUAGAACUUAGCAUUUGUGAAACUGUUAAUGAGGUACUAGAAGAGGAUGAAUGUGCAAGUCCUGGCAGGAGAGAGAUGGAAGGAAAUUCAAACCUUGGACUUUUGCCCUUUGAAGACCCUAGCAAGAUAACAGCUUUAAAGCAGCACAUUGCCAUUCUGGAGGAGCAGCUGAAUAACAAAACAGAAGAACUUGAGCAGAUCCGAGUAGUUUUGAAGCAGCAGGAUAUGGAAAUCAAAGCAAAGGAGAGAAGCAUUGAAAUGCUAGCAAGUUCCAAGGCUCAACUGGAAGAGAAGCUCUGUGGGAAAAGCAUGAAAGAAAUUAAACCACACAUGCAUACAAAAAAUAUCCUCCAGUACCAUGAUGCUGCUGUGAAUACUGAACAUGAAUCUAAAAAGGGAGCUGAGGGGGCCUAUGACAAAGGAAUUAAUGUAAGUAUCACUUUGCCUGUGAAAUCUACAGGGUGUGAUGCUUAUGAAGUUGAUAAUAGAAAUCUGCAGGUCAAGGAAAUACACAGAAAUGUGACCUAUGGGCACCAUGAGAGAACAAGCAUUCCUGUUAGUGUUCAGGAGAAAGACAGCCCAUCUUCUCAGAGACGAAAAAUGGGUCAGGAUAAUGAUAGCUCCACUCUUGAACUAAGCUACAGUCAGCUGAAGGUAGAUGAACACACAGAUAAUGGAAAUAGUCUGAAGGAAGCACACAACCAUGGGCUGCAGUGCUCUGUUGCUGGCAGUGAAAGCUGCCUGGGUGUUGAGAUUGCUGACUCAAAGGCAGGAGCUACUUUUCAAGAAAAUGUUAUGCAAGAUCUGAAUGAAGAGAAAAGCCACCCAGACCCAAAGGAUUCACCUGCAGAUCCUACUGUGGGACAAUACAUUAAAAAAAUCCAGGACCUUUUACAAGAACAGUGGAUGUGCCUAGAACACGGGUACCCAGAACUUGCCAGUGCAAUUAAGCAACCUGCUUCAAAGCUCAGCUCCAUCCAGAAUCAACUUGUUAAUUCCUUGAACUUGCUACUUUCUGCCUACUCAACCCAAACACCAACAGACAAGGAGAAUUCUAACACACAGUAUCAACAGUUGGAAAACUCUCCAAGCACAAGCCUUAAAUCUAUUAUGAAAAAGAAAGACAGUGGUUUACAUGCUGGAGGUAACAGCACCAAAAAGAACCUUCAAUUUGUUGGGGUAAAUGGUGGCUAUGAAACAACGUCCAGUGAGGAUUCAAGUUGUGAGGAAAGCUCUUCAGAAGGGAACUCAGACAGUGAGACGGAGAGAACAUGUGGCCAUGAAGAGCACAAAUGGGGGCAAGGGGGCAAUGAGCAUGCACAGCCGGGCCCUGAAACUCUCCCCUAUGCAAGGAAAGAAGCCACUGAUCCAGAAGACCAAGAAGAAACUGCAACAACAAACAUACAGUGCAGGACAGAGGGAUGUUACCCCUCGGCAGAUUUUCUGAAAGGCUGUCAGAUCUUAAACAAACACCUGCCUGAAGAAAGGAUCACAAAGGACAAAUUACUGAGGCAUGUUUUGAGCACGAUCUGCCAGGAGUGGUUCAGAAUCUCAAGCAGGAAAUCCUCCAGCCCUGAAAUUGUUGCAGCUUAUCUCCAAGCGGUUGAGGCUAUUCAUCCACAGUUACAGAAUGCCAUUGUAAACUUAGCUGAUGGAAAUGGCAAUACUGCACUUCACUACAGCGUUUCCCAUUCCAACUUUCAGAUUGUGAAACUUCUUUUAGACACUGGUGUCUGCGAUGUGGACCACCAAAAUAAAGCUGGGUAUACAGCAGUAAUGAUCACACCACUAGCAUCAGCAGAGACGGAAGAAGAAAUGGAUGUAGUUACAAAGCUAUUGAAAGAAGGCAAUGUUAACAUAAGGGCAAGUCAGGGUGGACAGACCGCCUUAAUUCUGGGGGUGAGCCAUGAUAGGGAAGAUAUGGUGAAAGCCCUGUUGUCUUGUGGUGCUGACAUAAACCUUCGGGAUGAUACUGGUUUGUCACCGCUAAUGGUUGCUUGUCAGUAUGGUAACAUCGAGAUUGUGAAGCUUCUCUUGACUCAUCCAAGCUGUGAUGCUACUUUAAUUGACAAGGCUGGCAAUUCUGCUUUGUCCAUGGCUUUGAAAUCUGCCCACAUGGAAAUUGCAGAGUUUCUCCGAACCCACAUGCAGCACAGUCGGUCUCUGAAUACAUAA